AAUGGAAAACGGAGAUCGAAUUAAUAAUAUCGAAAGGGGCAAAGUUCUCAAUUUUGAUCAUCUUACCUUUUGGGUUGCAAAUGCAAAAACGGCCUCAAGUUACUUCGUGACUAGGUUCGGCUUUAAGCCUUUAGCGGUAAGGCAGUCUACAGACGAUAGGCCAGUUGUGUCAUAUGCAGUCAAACUGAAUCAAAUAACAAUAAUAUUCGAAUCGCCAGUCUCCGAAGAAGGAGAAAUAUCAAAGGACCUGGUAGCUCACGGAGAUUUUGUGAAGGACGUCGCAUUCGAAGUUGCCGAUUUGGAUGCAAUCGUGCGCAAUGCGGACAACGCAGGCGCGGAGAUUGUCAAAGAUGUCACAGAGGAGAGCGAUGAUAAUGGACUCGUCCGAUACGCGGUUUUGAGAACGUAUGGUGAUAAUACACACACACUAGUGGAUCGGUCUCAGUAUAAAGGAAUACUUUUCCCUGGAUAUAAAGAGGUAGACGAAGAUGAUCCACUUAAUAAGUUAUUGCCAGCCACAAAUCUCAGUUUCAUAGACCAUGUGGAAGGCAACAUGGAAGAUGGUACACUCGAAGACUCUGUAUCUUGGUACGAGAAAAGUCUCAACAUGCAUAGAUUCUGGUGUGUGGACUAUAGUCACGAUCUGGUGCCAUAUUCCUGCAUAAACUCAGCCUCUGUUAUCAACCAGACAGAAACCGUUCUCUUAUCCUUGAACGAAGCGGCAAAAGGCAUUCGUCCUACAAGCAAAGCAUCUGAGUUUGUGAAGGCACUGGGAACGUCGGGGGUCGAACACGUCGCUCUGUAUACCGACGACAUUGUUUCUACUAUGAAAAGCCUCAAAACUCGAGGAGCAGACGUCAUAACAUGGCCUUCAACCUACUACGACCUGAUAAAGGAAAAACUGAAGGACAGUUCAGUUAACGUGGCAGAAACUAUCGAGGAGUUGAAAGAACAGAACAUCUUGAUCGACUUUGACGAAAGAGGGUACAUGCUUCAGGCGUUCACCAAGCACCUGCAAGUGCGCCCUACUUUGUUCAUCGAGAUAAUUCAGAGAAGGAAUCACAGGGGUUUCGGUGCCAUGAACUACAAAUGGGUGUUUGAAGCGAUAGAGCGUUUAGAGAUUACGAAAAAGGAUAAAUGAAAAAAUUUACGACAUUUAGAAUUCCAUAAGCAAAGAAUAUGCUAUUAGCUUU